AUGUCGUCUCCUUCGAAACAGAGCAGCACAGCUACCAUGACUCUCCCCUCGAAGAUUGUAGACUGGAUUGGGAAAAAAGAAGAGUUGGAAUUUGUCCUGAUGCGAGUGCCUGGUGAUAUGGAUUUGUCCCAGCUUGAUGGUGUAGCGAUUGAACCUGAAGAGGAUGCUCAGCCUAUUCCUCUGCCCGAGACAGUGUACCAGGAAGAUGCCCAGAAGCACCAAAUGGUUGCAGUUGGCUCUUCGACGAAUAAUUCUGCCGGUAUACUGGGUCAGGUCUUCCCGCUCUUGCCUGACGAAUCGAAAGGGAGCACGCAGCCCAAGGUGCUCAGUUGCCGUCGUCUCAAUCGGUUCUCACGCACGAUAUCGAUACACAAAGCCAGCAAAACUGAGCGGUCGAAGAAGAGGGUAUCCACUUCGAAGGCGACAAGAAAAAGCAUUGCCAAGGAAUCGGCGCUGCAGAUAUUGAAGGAAGCUAUCAAUACACGGUGGAAUACGAUAGAAAAGGAGAAUCAAGAAGGCAUCAAGUCGUAUGUAGUGUCGCUGAAUAUCGAGCUGGCCCAACGAGAUGCCGAUCAAAAUACUCGUCAUUUCCUCAUGAAAUUGAACGAGACUCUAGUGUGUUUAGUGAAGCAGGAGUGGCGACUGAAUGCAUGGGAAUCCUUCAUACCAGACUUGUGUACUUCUGCCAAGAGCUCUCAGAAUCUCUGUGAGAACAAUCUGAAGAUUCUCCAGAUGCUAUCGGAAGAGGUAUUCGAUUUUGGCCCGGAGACGAUGACGUCGAGCCGAGUCUUGAAGAUGAAGCAAACGAUGAGUUCACAAUUUGCUUGCAUAUUCGAUCUUUGCAUGUUCCUGCUCAAAAGCUAUGUCGCCGAUAAGAGCUCAGUAAGAGAAGGUCUGAUCAAGACAACCCUCAAUACUCUAUCUCACUUCCUGAAAUGGAUACCGCUGGGCUAUGUGUUCGAGACGGAUAUCCUCCCCACGCUGCUUGGCCAUUUUUGGGACCCCCUCUGCUUUCGAAUAGAGUGUGCUCGAUGCCUCAAUGAAGUCGGCUGUUUGAAAAUCGGCGACGAUCCUGAUUCCGGAAAAUACGAACCCACCCUGUUGCAGUGCUUCGCUGCUGUCGUUAAUAAACUGCAUAGUAUCCCAGUAGAAGUGUUCCAGAGCUUUGAAGGUCUUCGUGGACAAAAUAGGAUAUUCUGGGAAGUGUUCAUGAACCAGUUAUCGCUUCUUCUCACAAACUUCAUUCGCUACAAUAUGAAGGCAGUAGUCGGAGUAAGUCCGGCUCUUGCCACGUUGGCGAAAAUUUCGGCCUUACCGAACGAUGAAAUAUUCAAGAUAUGUGUAGAGUUCUGGCAGAUGUUCGCUGCUCAACUAUAUCUCGAUCGAGAGAAAGCCCGGAAGGAGCAGAGUCAGAAGCAAAAUAUGGGUGGAGGUCAGCAGCAGCAGCCGCCACUUAUGCUGAGCUUGAGCGGGUCUACUGAUAUGUCCGUCGAUGUUAAAGCUACUGGUGGUGGCCAUGAAGAGGAGAUCAUCGCUAAGUAUCAGCCAAUACUCGAUAACGUUCGGCGAGUGAUGAUCAUGAGAAUGGCGAAGCCUCCCGAGGUGACCAUCAAGGAGAAUGAGGAUGGCGAGAUUGUGCGAGAAGGAGAAGUGGAUACCGAUGAGCUAGCUAUGUAUCGUAUGAUGCGAGAAUGUCUAAUUUAUCUUACACAUCUGGAUCCUAGCAACAUGGUUAAUAUCAUGAUGGACAUCCUCAGCGAGAAUAGCGAGUCUCCCUCAGACUGGAACUGUGGUUUGCUCAGUCGUCUGUGUUGGUCAGUGGGAUCGAUAUCAGGGGCGAUGCCAGAAAAUGAUGAGAAAAGAUUCAUCGUCAAUGUUAUCAGAGAUUUGCUCACUCUUUGCGAAGUGAAGAGGGGAGUUGAGAACAAAGCCAUGGUGGCGUCCUGUCUGAUGUACGUCGUUGGACAGUAUCCGCGGUUCCUGAAAGCGCAUUGGAGGUUCCUCAAGAGUGUAGUCAACAAGCUGUUCGAAUUCAUGCAUGAGCCCUUCCCUGGGGUCAAGGACAUGGCUACAGACACCUUCCUGAGAAUAUGUCAGAAAUGCAGUAAGAAAAUGGUCGUGCUUCAGCCUGGAGAGACGUCGCCAUUCGUCAAUCAAGUGAUCGAGACGAUACCGCGAGAGACCGCUGAUCUCGAUGUCUUGCAGUUGUGCAAUUUCUACGAGGCCAUGGGGAAAAUGAUAUCAGCGAUUCCUGAGAUUCCGAAACAGACUAACCUGGUGAACCAGACUAUGGCAGACGUACGGUCGAAAUGGCAAGCCGUGAUAAAGCGAGCGUCCUUUGGUGACGAACGUAUUUUAGCAGAAGACCAGCAGGCGAUACGCACGAUAUCCGCGAUACUUCGAUGUUACGAGCGUAUGGCUGUUGGGGUGGGCAUUGCCAGCGGAGAGGCGAUCAAGGACAUCUACAGUGACGUGUUAUUGGUAUAUAAGCUCUACUCUCAAUGUGUUGGUGCAUCCCGUGGGUCUUCGGCAUUAUUCUCGUGGGAGAACGUGAAACUUAUGCGGAAAGUUAAACGUGACGUGCUGCGGUUGGUGCGGUCCUUCGUUGACUCGGCAGUGGCUGAGCAAGACAGAAUGAAAGCUGCUCAUAUGCAGCUCGCUGAUGACGUCUGUGUGCUGAUUUGCUCUCACUUCAUCCCACCUAUGCUGCAGCCUGUUCUAGUGGAUUACAAUUUAGCUCCACCGGAAGGACGAGACCCCGAAGUUCUCAAUCUACUCACAACAAUGUGUUCUCGUCUAUCAAGCUCCGUGGUUGGCAUGCUUCCGAUGAUGUUCGACCAGGUGUUCGAGUCAACUCUAGGGAUGAUCAAGGACGACUUUACAUCAUUCCCUGAUCAUCGACUGGCGUUCUUUGAGCUACUCAGUGCGGUGAACGAGAAGUGCUUCGAGUCAUUAUUCCUCUUGCCAAGUCAGGAUUUGCGGUUGUUCGUCGAAUCUAUGGUUUUCGGUAUUCGACACGAGCAUCCGACAAUAGCAGAUAUCGCACUGAAACUCCUGUCAAAGUUCCUAACACAGGUGGCAGCUAAUCCUAACUUGGCACAGUCGUUCUUCUCGGAGUAUUACGAGAACCUACUGAAACAGGUACUGCUUGUAAUGACCGAUCGACACCAUAAGUCGGGACUUCGUCAACAAGUCCAAAUCCUGGCGAUGCUAGUCUCUGUUGCUGCGAAUUCUCAGUCUGCGAAUAUGCCGAACAAAGAGCAUACGAUGGAGUUUCUGGUUGGAGUACUUGCCUCUUCCUUCAACACAACUACUCGGGUGGAGCUGGAAGCUUUCGUACUGUCAUUGUUCGCCAAGUGUAAUGGCCCACCACAGGAAUUCAGUCGUUGUGUUCAAGACUUCCUAGUGGGCCUUCGAGAAUUCUCUGGAACAUCUCCCGAAGAGCUUGACACGUAUGAGCAGGAUAAACGAAAAGCACUCAAUGAACUCCUUCAAGGCCGGACCGUCCAGAAUGAAGCUGCCAAGGCCGAGUUCUUGCAAAUGGAUAAGAUGGUCCCUGGUCUCGUACCUCAGUACCAUCCUUUGCGUGCAGACCAAUAGACUCGCGGUCUUCGAACAGAACUCCAGUUGAUUGGAGUUCGAACGUGUUUACUGACAAAAUAUACGAUAAGUCCGUCGAGUGUUCCAAUUGGAAGUCAACUGGCUAAACGCUGCUGGAUUAUU